AUGGAGCCCCACCUCAGCGAUCAACCAUCUGGUCCCCAACAGGCCGAAAACCAGGCUUCACAAGCCGCCCACAGCUCAGCCCGCAUGUCCUUCGCCACGCUGACCGUAUCCAUCUUCUCCAACCCCUCGUACCUCAACCAGAACAUCUUCACGUGUGGCUCCACACGUCCAAAUGAUGACCCACGCGUCGAAGCCUACUUGACCGUCAUCCGUACUACAUACCUCCUCCACUAUUGCAAGCACUGGAUCGGACUGCGGAAACAUGCUGAGGAACGUUUCGUCUACGAAAUGAACACACUUGCCCAAGCCUAUCACCCGCGCUUUGGUCGCCAGGCCGUUACGCCCUUUCACGGACUUGAACGGUGGCUUAACGGAUGGGCGAGGUGGCUCGCGGAGACCCCUGAUAGGCCGAUGGCUCGACCGGCUGUGAAUGGAAAGAGGGGUAUUAUGUCUUUAUGUGGAGUAGAGGUGCAUGGGCGGCACAAGGAUACGGAGGCGAUGAGGGCGCUCAAGAAGGCGGUUCGGUGGGAUAGUAGGACAACAAUACAGAAGGAACUCUGGCAGUCAAAGGUGGCGGAGAUGGAGAAGAGCGUGAAGGCGGAGUGGGAGGAUCGCUCCCAGCAGGAUUUCAAGGCGGUGGAGGAGGCUUUGGGAUUGGGCGAAGAGCAUGGUCAUAGUUCGCCUCCGCGAGGUGGUCGGCUGGUGGAAGGAGAUAAGACUGAUCUUCUAGACGAUGAUCCCAUGGCACUAGAAGAUGGGCUGUGGAAGGAGAACCAGGACGGUGUGAGCCGUGGUUGGCCUGCGUCUGAAGUCGUCGAUUUUGGGCCACCUUCAGGUGGUAGCAAGGAGGAAGAAGUGGAGAUGGAAGGAGCAGAUGGUCCUGUGACGGAUGAGUUAAUGGAGGAGCAGAACGAUGCUGCGUGUACUCGCGAGGAUCCGUUGUAUCCAGGCUUGGAGAAUGUUGAUGAUGGGCAUCGCACCGGCACUUCUCCUUCAUCCCGAGUUACUGAGGAGCGGGCAAGUCGCUCUCUCAUGCAAGAAGCGCGCUUCAGGGGUCCUUCCCGAUUCACCAACUCCCACGAGAACACUAGCCGCGGCAGUACUGGAGUGCAGACUUGGUUGCACGAGCUAUCGUAA